AUGCCUGCUGCCAACGCCAUCCUCGACGAAACGAUGAGAAUCCAUUCAUCCUCAUCAACCCAUAUCUUCAUGCGCGAAACAAUUUGCUCAAGCCCAUUGACGGCGAAAAUCACGGCUACGAUUAAUGUCGAAUACACCAACACCAUGGAGCAUGUGGAGAGAGGUGGCAACGAGAUGCCAGGGAAGUACAAGGGCAACGACCGCUGUGCCGGCUCCGUUGCGAGCAUGCAGGAUAUCGAGCAAUCCCUGGUCAAUAUUGCUGGCUACAACUCUGGUGGUGUAAAUGCCCCAUGUCCCCAAGGCGGCAAAAUGCCGACGAGAACUAGAGCAGAAAUAAAAACAGGCAUGACGCCCGCUCUUGGCACUGUUACGCGCAUCACGGGAUGGCAAGCUAUGGUUGGUCAGGCUUGCUUCCCACAGCUCUGA